ACAUACAAACGAACAUACCUACAUUUACACCUAUAUUUAAAAAACGUUAUGACAUGUGCAGAACUUUAAAAAGUAUUGAACAAUUCCAUCUUUAUCAAACGUACAAUGAGGCAACAUUUUUAUGUAUAAUUAUCGCGUAAGGCGUAACUUGCGAUCGUAUCUAUAAAAUGAUUGGUUAAUUUUGACUAGGUUAGAAUAUGCAUACCGUCACAUAAUACUGUGUUUCGUUACUUGCAGUACGUUUGAUUGAUUCCUAUUUCUAUAAUUUUAUCUCGUGGAAUGUUGCGCAACAUUGUGUUAUCACGAGAACGAGAAUGGUUUUAUUAACUGAUUUCGAAUUUACUGAUAAUCAUUACUUGAAAUCACAGUAAUUGAUAUUCAUAUAUUUUUAAAUAAUGUGUUGAAUUUUUAUUUUUCUAUAUAUUUUGUAAUUGUUUUGCGAUUUUUUUUAUUAAAUUAUGAUGAGUACAUUCCAGUUACAACCUUGUAUAAAUCUUGAUCUUUCACAAAGAGAAUUGCAAGAUCUUAUAGACAAAGCUAAAGAUUGGACAAUCAUGCAUGGUAUUAGCAUGAGAUCAAAGCAAAAUUUUAAUAAAAGUCAAAUACAAAUUGCACCUUUUACUCUAUUACCUUCAAGUUUUCCAAAGAAGUAUUUUGAAAAAGUAAAAGAUAUACAAGUUUUAUUAAAUGAAAUUAUGCACAAAGUAGCACACGAUGAUAAUUUUAUUAGAAAUACUUUAAAAGGAACAAUUGAAGUUGAUGAUUUUACGGCACGGCUAUUCAAUAUAUAUGAAACAAUUUAUGAGGAAGGAUUUGCACAAGAUAUUAGUCUUGGUUUAUUUAGAUCCGAUUAUUUAUUAAAUAAUGGUAUUAAUAAAGAGAUUAAACAAGUGGAAUUAAAUACAAUUGCGGCUAGUUUUGCUGGUCUGUCCAAGAUUGUAUCAGAAUAUCAUAGAUAUAUUUUAACAGAAUUAGGACAUGCGGAUAAAUUAGAAUUUCUACCAUUAAAUAAUCCUGUUAUUGGACUUUGUAAAGGAUUAAUUCAAGCAUGGUCAUUAUAUGAUGAUAGUAGAGCUGUGAUAUUGAUUGUUGUUGAAGAUAUUACCUAUAAUAUAAGUGAUCAAAGAUUUCAUGAGUUUGAAAUACGGAAGCUAAAUCCUACUAUUAAGGUUAUCAGAAGAAGUUUAAACGAUCUGGUACUUGAUGCACAAUUAGGAUCUAAUAAAGAAUUAAUUGUAGAUGAUUUAGUAGUUGCUGUAGUAUACUUUAGAUCUGGUUACGAACUUCAGGCAUAUCCUACUGAGAAGGAAUGGGAUGUACGUUUACUUAUAGAACGUUCUAAAGCUAUAAAAUGUCCAUCAAUACAAUAUCAUUUAGCAGGAACUAAAAAAAUUCAACAAGCUUUGGUUGAACCAAAUGUAUUAAAUAUGUUCAUAAAGGAACCCUCUGCUGUGGCUAAAAUUCAAGAAAUAUUUACCGGUUUAUAUUCAUUGGAUUUUAAUGUAGAAGCAGAGCAAAUUAUAACAAAAGCUAUACGCGAACCUGAAAAGUAUGUUCUUAAGCCACAACGCGAAGGUGGUGGUAACAAUCUAUACAAUGAAAACGUUAGAAUAUAUUUAACAAAAAUGAAGAAUUCGAAGGAGCGCACUGCAUGGAUUCUCAUGGAUCGUAUUAAUCCUCCUUCGCAAAAGAACUAUCUUAUCAAUUCAAGUGACACCUUGUUAUCUGACGUUAUAUCAGAGCUUGGUAUAUAUGGAGUAAUUAUAGGUAAUCGUACGGAUAUACUAUAUAAUGAAGAAGCUGGUCAUAUUCUAAGAACUAAGAUGUCAACUGAAAAUGAAGGAGGUAUUAUUGCAGGUGUUGGAGUUUUAGAUAGUCCUUAUUUAGUAACAUAAUGUAAAAGCAAUAAUUCUAAAUAUCAUUGAGUUAUAAAUGUUAUAAAAAAGAAUAUUUUAAUUUUAUAAACUAAUUUAAUCACAGAUGUUCA